UUAAAAUUCAAAUGCUUCCCGCCUACUUCGCUGUAGCUAGCUAGCCUGCUUCCGACGUCUAAAAAAUGAAAGUGAAAGUUUUUCCUCACAUUCACAGGGAACGAACAGCUCGCCACAAACAAGGCAAAGCGGGCAACCCAAAGGUCAGCAGAAAUGUCCAUCGAAUUUUACGGCUGGGAGGUGACUUACGAUGACGUCCAGCACCUGCAGGCGCAACAGCAGCCCAAAUCGGGCAGGCUCUACAUCAUGUAUCACGGCACUAAAGUACAGACUGCCCGUGACAUCAUACAGCACGGAUUCCGACAGUCUCCCGACGGCAUGCUGGGUGCCGGCGUGUACAUCAGCCGCGACCAGAAGAAAGCCGAGCGCUAUCCUCUCAGAAGUCCUGUCACCGACCGGGUUGUUCUGAAGCUGCGUGCGGACCUGGGAAAAGUCAAGCGCAUCGACCAAGACAACCACCCCAUGCAGAAAUCUUGGCACACCCAGGGCUACGACACCGCCUGGGUGCCCCCGAACUGUGGCAUGAAGUCCGUGCCCAGCGGCCUGGAAGAGGACUGCGUGUGGGACGUCGGUCGCAUCGAGGUGAUCGACAUCGCCCUGGCGCCAAACACCACCAUCCUAGCCGAACUGAGGGGUCUGAUCGCCCAGAAUGCACAGAGCAGAAUGGCUGUUAACGGUCAGGGAUCCGAAGGAACGUGCCGGAUCUGCAAGAAGGCGGCGCCAUCCCCUCACAGCGCAGAGAGGUGCUGGGGCUGUGGAGCCAACAUCUGCGUCCUCAUGAACAAACAUUUCUGCCCGGUGGGAAGCUGAGAGCUGUGGCAGAGUGUGGCUGAGCACAUGCAAAUCACGUGUGUUAUCCUUAAUUCCCAUUACAUUGCAUUACAUUAUUGGCAUUUGGCAGACGCUCUUAUCCAGAGCGACAUACUGUUGAUUAGACUAAGCAGGAGACAACCCUCCCCUGGAGCAAUGCAGCGUGAAGGGCCUUGCUCAAGGGCCCAACGGCUAUGCAGAUCUUAUUGUGGCUACACCACAAUUUUCUUAGUAUCUUAGUAUAUCACAUAAGCUGUCUAUUUUUCUUACUGCGUGACAUUUGGGUAAAUAAACCUGAUGCCUGUAGAAGGCACUGCCAUCAGGAAAAACUCAUUUUUUACAUAAAGUAACCUGAAAUUCAACUGCCAAGCUGGUCACUGCUGUAUUGAUAGGCUUUCUAAAAAC